GUGCAUGUAAACGAAAAGCAAAAUACAGCUGACAUUUUUUUGACAUUUCAUAAUGCACCCACACAGCUGUUGUUUGCCUGUAUUGUUUUUUCCCGUAAAAUCUGAAAAUUGUUUUAAUCCAACAAUAUUGCAUGCAAAUAAUAUAAAAAAUUCAGAUUUCACAAGAAAUUUAAACUAAUAGUGAUAUUUAUUAAGGAUGAGUUCUAAAUCAAAAUUAAAAUCCUUUGUAAAGAUGUCAAAAAGCCCAGCAGGAAGUAACAAAGAACGGUCCCUGCCAACACGAAUCGAAGAAGACUUAAAGCCUGAAAAUCCAGCAGCGCAACGUUGUAAAACUCUAAAGGAUUUUGGUGAAUCUCAAUUAAUAAAUUUGCAUUUGGAUGAGGCUUCCAUCACGAAAUUGUGGGAUUUGACAAAAGAUUUGAUUGUACCGAACAAAUCUGCCGAGUGUCGACAGACAGUGUUAACAUUUUACAAAAAACUCAUAUUUAGCCAAUAUAAAAGCUUAACGCUUAUGAGAGAACAUUUCUUUUUAGUUAUACAAAAUCAUGAAGUUCAAGAAGAUUUAAAACAUUGCUUGGAAUUACUUGAUACAUUGACAGAAAAUGGCAAAGAUAUAACUAAUUUUGAAGAAAAAAUAGGUAAAUUUAUGUUGCACUGGAUACCGGCUAUUACAGAUGCGAAUCUUUUACGUCCAUAUCUGGAGAUGUUAGUUAAUCUAAUUAAAUUUAAUGCUGCACAUUUAGACAACGAUAUUGUUAUAGGAAUUGUACAAAAUGCUUGUCACUUAAGUUGUACUGUAGAGGGUAAUGAAAUAGGUUUACAGUGCCUAACUAUUUUGGAAUUGGUAAUGGGAUAUACAAUUUUUCCAAGUGACCCCUUGCCGUUGUGUGUAGCAACGCUUUGUCGUACUGUUAAUCAUAUUCCAUAUUGCCAAGCAUCAUGGAAGAUUAUGAAGAAUUUGCUUGGCACCCAGCUGGGUUACAACGCUAUGAAAAUGAUGUGCAACAUCCUAAAUGAUAGAAGCCUCUAUGAGGAUCAACAGCUGCUACGAGGAGCAGUUUUUCACUUGAAUAUGAAUAUAUUUGGUUCCAAUCUAAUAUUCCAAGUACCGACAAUGUUUUAUGCCACUACAGUAUUGACAAGCUUUCUGCAUGCAUUGGAAAGUCGUCAAGUUAUUGUCACUUUUGAAGUUAUACUAAGCGCACGUAAAGUAAUCAACAAAUAUAAAACGGAAUUACCAGAAAUUAUAUGGGAUCGUAUAUGUGACAUUAUGUUUGCCAUUGUGGAUAAUAUUGAAUACUACCAACAAAUCAACAUUAAUCAGGAACGUUUGCAGUACUUGCAGGCAAAUUUCCAUGAAAACAUUGAUUGUAUAGAAAAACUUUUGCAAGAAGACCGAUCGCAAAUACUUGCAAAUCUUGAUCGCAUCUAUGAUUUAAUUGAACGUGUGUCUGAUGGCCGACACGAAGCGUCAGUGUUGAGUUUAAUUGAAUAUCGUGCAUUGAAAGUAACUGCUACACGUCCACAAUGGUUGCAUGUACUGAAUGAUUUUGUAAAUCGUUUUUAUAAAAUGCCAAAUACGAACAUACGCAUUCGAACCAUACAAGCUUUGGUACGCAUUAUGGACAUGAAUCGCUUUAGCUAUGAAGAAGAAAUUUUGGAACGUGUUGUGAUACCUCAUUUCUCGCAUAUUAUGCAUGAAGCUGAUGUUCAUAUACGAGUUGCUGUAGCUAAUGCAUUGGUAAACUUCGCUAGUCACUGUGAUACAAAACGUUGUGGGGAACUUUUGGAUAUACUUGAAAAGUUAAUAAAUCGUCCAUUCGAAUUACAUUCAGGAUUGGCAGAAGGUGAUUUUUAUGUCAAGUCUGAAGCAGAUAUUUUGGAUGUGAUUGCUGCAGUUGAUGGUUUAAUCGAUGUUUUCAUUAUAAAAUUAUAUCGCUUGCCAUCUUAUCACGCUAUUAAAAUAUUUAAUAUACUUAUUGGCCAUUUAGAAUCGCAUUAUGAACGUCCAAAAAUAUUUGAGCAAACAAAUAUUGUUCGCUAUAAGAUAUUUAAUUGGAUGCUUAAAGCACGUGCCAAUGCUUCUUUUCAUAUUGGCUAUCCAGAUCCAGCUAAUAAUGAUUUGGUCACGUUUAGCUGUUAUCUUGGUAUUGAUUCCAGUUUACCAUUAUACGGAAUGACACAUCAACAUCAACGCCAUCAAGUCGUAUCACAGUUGACAACACACGAAAUUGUGUCAUCUACGCAUUUUACCACAAUUUCGAUAAGAAGAGCUUGUAAGAUUAUAGUAAAAUGUUUAGAACAUGAUAGAGAUUUUGAAGUUUUUAAAUUGGUCAUCAGAAAAUUACCGCAAGUACUACAGAACAAAGCAUUAAUACAGGGAAAUGAUAUAGAAGCAUUGGCAGUGGCAUUAUUUAAAUUAUGCCCAGAGAGCAAUAAAUCUUUACAUUUUUCUUACAAACCAAAUACUGAUGAGUUUCGUUCUUUAAUAUUACCGGCAAUUGCUUCUUUAGUUCUCUAUCAUCAAUUCAUUCAACCUGGGCAUCAAAGUACCAUUAUAUCGGUGUUAAUACAAGGUAUUGUUCCAAGCAUGGCAAGCGUUUCCCUCAAUGCUAUGACCAUAAUGGUUUUGGAAAUGCCUGAGGCUUUAAUGCGUAGAUUACCGGAAAUACUAUUACAGAUGAGUAAAAUGUCAGAUACAAUAUCUGUUGCAAUACCUGUGCUGGAGUUUUUAUCAAUCUUGAGUCGUUUGUCCAAUCAUCUCUUUACGAACUUUACACCAAGACAGUACAUGUACGUUUUUGCUAUAUCCCUACCAUACACUAAGCCCUAUAAGUAUGACCAUUAUGCGGUUUCACUAGCACAUCACGUUAUAGCCGGAUGGUUUGUGAAAUGUAAAUUGGAGUUACGGAAAAAUUUUGUUCACUAUAUUAUUUCGUCUAUACAAAGUAAUGCAAAUAUGUUAUUUGACGAUAUCAAACGAAACGUUCAACGACAAGACUUUAAUACUCUGAACGAAGAUUCAUCAAAUCGAAAGCGCAGUACAAGCUUAACUGAAAGAGGAAGCCGUAUACCUAACAUACGUAACGAUUCUGAUAUGCGCCCCCGAAUGAAUGAUAGCCUAAAGAGUUUCCAUGCCGAAUUGACUGAAACUUGUAUUGAUUUCUUGGCACAGCAUACCUUCUCACCAUGUUCUGCACUACCUAAAAGGUUGCCUGCUAUUGAAUACAUACUUAAAGAUGGACUUUCUCAGACAUGGCUGGUUGGACAUAAUCUUGUCACUAUUACUACUUCUGGCUGUCCCUCGGCUCCUUUACGAAAUGGACUUUGUGAACGUUGCGCACAACUUGGCAAAGUUACAAGCUUACCCGCAAAUGAUAACACAAUAACUAGCGAUCAAUAUGCGCUUGACCGCCGUUACACCAAAGUAAGCUUACAACAUAGCAGUGGUAAUGAAUCAGCUGGAAGUACAGAUUUAACAUCAUCUUCAUCUUCAACAUCUGCCGCAACAAAUACUGCCACAACACAACGUCAAACUUCAAAUAGUUCAAGUGCCUCUCUAGAAGCAUUAUCACGUCGUGGCUCAAAUCCAGAAACAACUGAUAUAGGUGUAGGUGGUAGUAGUACCUCAUUGUUAGGUAAUUCUUUUUCAACUACAAGUGUUAGUGCAUCACCCACGCAAAUGCCAUCAGUACAACAACAAGUUUGUAUACGUUCGUGCACAGGCUGGGCCGAAAUUUUGGUACGUCGUCCCACUGGUAAUAUAUCUUGGAUUACCAGAAUACAAAAUCCAAUAGCGAACGACUGUUUCGGACAAGAUAUACCAUUAAAUAAUAUGAUAUCGCUCUUUUUACCAGUUAUACAAGGUGGUGUAUUUGGCCCAGAUGUACGAGUACCACAUAAUUCACUUUUAGAUGAAGAAACCACACAACCAGAACCAGUAGUACAAAUUCCAACAGCAAGUACUGCAAGCAUAUCGAGAGAAUCGCUAACAACAAAAACUUCAAUCGAAGAUCAACGACCGUUUAAUAAAGCUCGUGCGCUUCAACGACAAGAAGAAAUAUCAUCAUCGACUACAGUGGGCACUGCUGCCAUAGAUAUACCAAAACCUACUGGGAAGCGUGGCAAAGAUGCACUAUCGGGUAGUGUUAGCGAUGGUGAAGCUGAAGACGACAGUACUGCAUUUGAAGAUGCAACUAGUCGUGCAAGAAAUCCUGUACGACGUGUUAAUUCUAGUCCUGAAAUGAGUUCAAGUUGGCGACAAACUUUUCUAGCAUCUAAACCUACUCCGCUCUCUCAGCAGAUUUUAGAUGCAGAUAUAAUACGUGCUGACUUGAGUUCCAACGAACUGCAGCAACAAAAGAAAAAGAGCGUACAGUAUACCAAAGAUAUGCGUGUUAGCUGUGAAGCUAUACCAGAAGAAAUUGCUGGUUCUACACCGCCACAAACUGCACAGACAGCAGAUUCUAAAAAAGAAACUGAAACUAGUACAAAAAUGCUGGAGACAACGAAUUCACUACCACCUAAACAACAUUCAGCGGAUGAUGUUAGUAGCGCUAAUGCGCAAGCAGUACAGCAAUCCGCUUCUGCAUCUUCACUUAGAUCUCAUGCCGUAGAAAUGGUCACUUCUAAGCCUCCAGUCUCACCAGCACCACCAUUAUCCCCCCGAUUAGAUAAGCAUGGUGCUCAAAAAACUGCUUCGUUCACAUCACAUCAAGGUUUGGCCAAAUCAAGUAGUAGCGGAGGUGGCCCAAUAGGUGGUGGAGUUAGCGGUACACCAGUAAAUAGUUCAGAUUAUGGCGGUGAUAUGAUGCGUGGACGUUCUAAAACUAUAUCAGUCGUACGCGAAGUCAACGGCAAAACUCGACCGGCAACUAGUUUCCGUAGUUUAGGUGGGCCUAAACAGCCACCCAAUACGAAAUUAUGCAUGAGUCCAAGUUUCAUUUUUAUGCAAUUAUUUCACACUGGUCAAAUGGACACAACUGAUAUGCCAUUGAAAGUUACACCCGAACAUAUGAGUAAGUUAACGGUAUUGGAUUUACUACCACCAUUCGAGAGGCAUAAAAUUGGUGUUCUAUAUGUGGGUCAGGGACAGUGUAAUAAUGUUGUAGAAAUAUUACGAAAUUCUUAUGGCAGUACAAGAUAUGUGGAAUUUCUACGUGGCAUUGGAACUUUGGUUAGCUUAAAAGAAGCGGAACAAAAUAAUUUAUUUAUUGGUUUAGAUACUGGAGGAGCUGAUGGAAAAUUUACAUAUGUUUGGAAAGAUGAUAUUGUGCAAGUUACUUUUCACGUUGCGACACUAAUGCCUACAAAUUUGAAAAAAGAUCCUAAUUGCAAUGAGAAAAAGAAACAUAUCGGUAACGAUUUUGUGCAUAUAAUCUACAAUGAAAGUGGAAAAGAAUACAAAUUAAACACUAUAUCAGGGCAAUUUAGCUACGCCUGCGUUAUAGUUGAACCUUUAGAGUUAAACACGAAUAGAAUUUAUGUGAAGGCUCGAGAAGAAAUAUGUAAACUUGUGUGUCAUCCUGAACCAAAAAUUGUGUCUGAUCGAAGUGCACCAUUAUUAGCACGGCAAAUGGCUUUGCAUGCAAAUUUGGCAUCGCAUGUCUAUCAGAGUUUAAAAAAGGAAAAACCUUAUGCCUCAAAUUGGUUGGAACGGUUACGUUGCAUUAAGAGAUUGCGGGGAUUGCUUAUUGAGAAUCAAAAUAGUUCCCAUCAAAGUGGUCCUUCUGGUGCUGGAAAUGAAGAACAACCUGGUGAUUUUACAAAAUACACUUAAAGUUUCUAUAAAGGGACUAUUUUAUAAAUACUAACAAUUGAAGUGUUAUUUAAUUUUAAUAUGGUUAAACAUUUAGUAGCUUUGAAAUACUUAGAAAUAAUUUUUAUAUAAGAUAUAAUGAGAUAAAAUUCAUUUAACGAAUUAUGCUUUAAUGUUAUAUGCUUUUUUACACAUAUAUAUUUUUUAUUUCAAUAUUAAAAUAUGUAUUGCAAUUUUCGGCAUCCUAUAUUCACAAUAUUACAAAUCGAAACAAUGUUAUUGUAGCACGAUGGACCGAUUUUCUUUAGCAACUAUUUCAUAGCAAAAAAUAAAUUUAUUUAGA